AGAAAAUAAAUUUCAGUUCGCCAACCCUAAGUUCCGCCGGCGCGCCCCGGCGAUCGUGAAGGCCCCGACGAUUGCGUCCUCACCCUACUGAUUGCCCCGACCCGACCCGACCCUCUUUAGGUCAGCAAUGCCGGAAGCCGCCACUCAAGAGGGAGAGGCGUCGGGGUCCGGAUCAACCCGCGCGCUCCGCCGCAGCCUGAGGUUCACCGCUGCAGCAAGGGCCACGGCGACGACCUGGUCGAUGGCCCUGGUGCGUGCGCAGCAGUCCCCGGGGUCCCAAUCCCCACAGGAACCAUCCGUGCGUUCCAAUACAAGGAAGAGAAAGAAGGGGCCGGCUGCCAACCAGAAAUCGAAGAAACGGAAGAGGACCGGGGAGGAGGAGGAGGAGGAGGAGGAGGAGGAGGAGGAGGAGGAGGAGGAGGUCUCAUCUGCACACAGCUCUCCAAUUCGCGAGCCACAUAUACCGGAUGAGAUGUAUCGACUUGAUGAUCUGGAUACGUCCAAAGUCAUUCAGAAGGCACUAGGAGAUCAUUUGGAGAAAAUAGCUCGCCAUAUGGGAUUGCCUACUCUGAAUGUGCACAUGUGCAGAGCUUCCAUGUGCGUUCUUGAUGACCCAAAUCUGGUUCCUGAUCGCGAAUCUGCAAGAAAAACGGUGCUUAAUGCUGCUCACUCUGUUCUAGGGCUCUCGUCCUCUAUUGGUGGUAAGCCACUAGCACGAUGCUGUGGUUUCUGGGUUGAUUGGGACGAGAAGACCAAAAUUGGCAUUGCUUUGACAACUUCAAGUCUCAUUUGUACUAAGUCUGCAUCUAUGGACAGUUGGUUAGGGCAAGAAGAGUAUGAUACUCAUGCGGAGGUUCUUGUUCACAUGCAGGGUGGCGUCACUGAAAAGGCCACCCUGCAGUACCAUCAGAAGCACUAUGAUUUGGCCUUCUUCAGUGUUAGAAUGGAUCGGCCCGUUCAUAUACUUUCUUUCAAUGAUGGUGUGAAGCAUUCUGACCAAGUUUUUGAGCUUGGAAGAGAUGAAGAGUCGUUUCUAAGGAUAAGCCAUGGUGUGGUGAAAAUCUUGAAUCCAAACCUGCUUGAACGGUAUCACUAUAUGCAUGUUCACAGUGCAGAUCCACUCCCCGAUUAUGGCAUAGGAGGGCCACUCAUUGACUUUGGUGGAAAAAUCGUGGGAAUGGUCAAUGGCAAUACAAGCGGGUCUUUUAUACCGUCUUCCAUUUUAGUCAAGUGCUUGCAUUUGUGGAGAAAAUUUGGGCGCAUCCCUCGGCCCCAGCUUGGUAUGAAGUUUUGGUCAAUCAAGUUUGUAGACAUUGCUCUUGCUGAGAAUAUAUUGUGCAAGUGUAAUAUUGAUGAUGGCCUUAUUGUAAAAGAGGUGUCAUAUGGAUCUCCUGCUGAGAAACUUGGAAUACUGGUCGGUGACGUCAUUAAUUGUUUCAAUGGAGAACGCAUCUCUACAACAGUCGAGUAUUGCUGCUGUUGUCAGUUGGAGAAUAUGUUGCUAAGCAAAUGCGAGGAUGAAAAUAAUAGCCUUAAUUCUGAAGUCAAUGUCAAACUUGAUGUGUUUCACAUACGCAAGUCUCGCUGGAGUGACAGAACAUUAACUGUAAAAGUGUCUGAUGAUGGUGAAGUUGUUGCAACAGGAGUUACUUAUCCUUUCGGAGAAGGGACACCAUGAUUAAUACCAUGCCAAUUGACCAAACGGGCCCAGGAAGAUAGGUUUGGGAGUUCAGGACAGAUACAUGCGUCGGUGAAUGCAUGCGUGGAACUGCAAGUUUCUGCUAAAUGCAUUUGAUUUCUUUGGCGGUAUAACUCCUUGGCAUAUCCUUGUACCGAAAAUACUGGUGCAGGCAAGCGACUGCUGUUUCCUUUCUGCAUGAAAACGGGAACCGUCAUGUGAGCUGACUCUGUACAUUUGUGGAUGCUUGUUGAGUCCCUACUUCAUGUAUGUCUUGUUCGAUGAACAAACAAAUAUCCUGGUCCACUGAAUGAACAGAAGUUGAGGAUCCUGAAAGUGCAUACUUACAAUUCAAAAGCGGAACCACUUUGAUUUUUGUGGUAA